AUGCGCGCGGACAUCUGUGAGCACGCAGCAGGCGCCCUUCUGCCAAGGUUGGCAGCAGACAACAUCGAGAUCCCGUUGCAGGAGCGGCCCUCACUGACUGGUGACCGUGCUCCCCCGCAUCCUCAGCACGGUGACUGUCCCGAACGGUUCGAGCAGCUGCAUGCAGAACAGCGUUCGUCGAAGCGCGAGAUGGCCAUACUUGAAGCGGAAGUGGCGUUCCUGGCGCAUGCGUUGGGAUACACACCGGAGCAGGUGCGAGCUGGCGCGGUGCAACGCAUUCAAGCCCGAGGCGCUGACGGUAUUAGCAUCCCGGUGAGCAGACGCAUUAACCAUGCGCCCACUACGCCUCUUCGCAAUCCCAGAAUCGUCGGGCUCGGUAAGGAGAGUCCUGACGAGGCCAUUAAUGGCACAGAUACGCGGGUGUCGCUUGCUGCUAAGUUCAUGGGGGUUGGAGUGCAGAUGCCUGUGUCCUCGGCACCACUUCCGCAUCCCGGUACAAUACCACACUGGGUGGUAUCCCGUCAGCAUACCUCGUCCGUGCAAGGCAUUCCCAGUGCACAAUGGGGCACCGAGGCCGGACAACCCAGCAAAGCGGCAGCUGCGCAGGGCGUGAAAGCAGGAGAGGGAGGCGUUGACGAGGACCUGGAGACGGCGACUUACACCGGGGUUACCAUCGAGAAGGCUACUGGAAAGUGGGGGGCAAAGAUAUUGUCGUGGGAUGGGGAUAAACGGCGGCAGCAUCGGCUUGGCGCUUACACGACCCCCAAAGAGGCCGCUGUGGCGUUUGCGGCAGCUGCUCAUGUGCUGCGACACGGUGAGGAGAUAGAGAAUACCAUCCCCCUGACAGAUGCACAGAAGGCGUUGCUGGAGGGCUGCGACAAGGAUGCGGUGGUAAAGCUCGUGGGUGCGCGCAUGUGGUGGCGGUGGAAGAAGUGGCGCCAGGUGGUGCAGGAACUUGAUUCCAAAAAGAGACGCCAAAGGAAGGCCCCGUCAGCUAACACACGGGGCAAGAAGAGGAGAGUGGACGGCAAGGUGGCUGGUGGCGGGGGUGUUGAAGCGACGGGGAGUGAUGUUGCAGAGGAAUCCGAGGGGUUGGAGACGACAGAGGCGACACAACCGCACGACAGUUCUGACGCCGAAGAAUCCGAAUCGGCAGAGACGGUGAGCAAGGGAGAGAGCGAUGAGGGCCAGGCCAAAACCAAGACCGUCGACCAUGUGCUAUCCGGGGCGCCCAAUACUUUGAAGGAGGGCAAUGAUAAGCCGGCGGAAGUUGAGGAAGAUGACCCGCUGGUCGCUUUCCGUGCAUCCCCCGAGGGAUCCAGAAACCCGACCGAGGAGGUGACCGUGUCGCGGGCCGUGUUUGAUAGUCUCAAGCGGGCGCAGGAUGACAACGCCAAGACCGUGGCUCGCCUGGAAGAAAUGUUGCUGAAAGCCUUGGCAACCGGUCAUGUAGGGUCUCGGCGUCAGAAAGCGGAGAAGCAGCGAGAUCCUGGACUCGGGUGUGCCAACCCGAAACGUCGGCGCGUGGAAGCGCGCAGUGCCGCUUCCGAUGGCGACGAGGACGACGAGAGUGAUGAUUCGCGCCGGCGCCAUAUGAGGUCAUCGCGGUCGCCUGUGCUGCAAAGCGCACUGGAUCUGCUCCCUGCAGACAAGGCGUGGAAGGUCACGGACAGCGUCAUGUAUUGGGAGGAGCGGAAAGGCCGCCUCUCCAACUCAGCUGGUGGCAACGGCCACGUUGUCAAUGGCCUCAAGGUUCUCGCCAAAGGAGCGGUUGAGAGGGCCAUCGGUGUUUUCAAUCCCGAAUGGGAUGCUGAGCGUCACGCAUGGAUUUGGGGCCGCCAUGGCAUGCUUCUUUCGGUUAGCGGGCUCGAAGGGAUGAGGCCGGCGGGUGGAUCCCAGGCUGAGGAUCUCGGGGGGGACGAUGAGGUUUCCGUGUCUUUUGGAGAUGAGUAG